GCAACUCGGCCAUUUUUCUUGUCGUGCCAUUUCCAUUUAGACAGUACAUUCAACUUUGUUCUACAGUUGCACAGUGAAUUUUAUAAAGCAGUUUUGUCGACAAAUACAUUAUUUGCAAUGGAAAGUGCCGUGAAGCAAGAUAAGAACACGAAUCCGUUGCCGCAAAGGCAGCAAAGGGGCAAUCAAGUAAACAAAAAUGUCGGCAAGCAACUAGCCCAGAAAAUGAACGAUUCCUCCGAUGGAAGUCCAUCUGAAAAGAAGGCACGAUUCAGUCAAAAUGCCCAGAACGGUGGAGUAACGGGUGGCGGCGGCGGUGCUCUUGGUGGCGGCGGCGGAGGACCUGGUGGUGGUGGCCCGAAUCAAAAUAAGAACUUUGCCAACAACAAGGGUGGAUUCGCUGGGAUUAAUCGCAAUCGUAACCGAGGAGGCAAUCAAAACCGGCCAAAUUUCCAAGGCCAAAAUAAUUCUGCAAACCAAAAGCCCGUUAACGAUUCGCCCAAGCCGGACGCAGGAAAUGUUCCAGUCAAGAACAAUGAGCCUGCGAAUCAAAACCAAUCGAACCAGAAUCAAAACCAAAACCAAAACCAGAAUCAGAAUCAGAAUCAGAAUUCCAACCAAGGACCAGGUGGUCAAGGUGGACAGCAACAAGGAGGUGGUCAAGGCGGUAACCAGGGCUUCCGAGGUCGUGGCGGCAAUGCCGGAGGCGGCGGCGGCGGUGGUGGUGGUGGUGGUGGUCACGGUGGUGGACCUGGAGGACCUGGAGGACCUCAGCAUCAACAGAGGGACAACAGAAAUCGCGGCAAUCAACGAUCGGGCGGUCCCGGUGGCAUGAACAAUUCGGCAAUGGGUGGCGGCGGUGGUCCUGGCGCAGGCGGUGGACGCGGUGGCGAAGACUUCUUUAUUGCCCAGAGGUUACGCAGCAUUGCUGGACCCACCUUGGAGUUGCCACCCGUCGAGGUGCCGGCCGAGACCAAGUUCUCUGGCCGAAAUCGACUUUAUGUGGGCAAUCUAACUGGAGACAUUACCGACGAUGAGCUGCGCGAGAUAUUCAAGCCGUACGGCGAAAUUGGUGAGAUCUUCUCCAAUCUGGACAAGAAUUUUACAUUCCUGAAGGUCGACUACCAUUUGAAUGCCGAGAAGGCCAAGCGUGCUCUUGACGGUUCAAUGCGUAAGGGUCGCCAGCUGCGUGUCCGGUUCGCACCCAAUGCAACCAUAUUGCGAGUUAGUAAUCUCACCCCGUACGUGACGAACGAGCUGCUGUACAAGUCCUUUGAGAUCUUUGGUCCCAUCGAGCGGGCCAUUAUCACCGUCGACGAUCGUGGCCGCCACACUGGCGAGGGUGUCGUUGAGUUUGCCAAGAAGUCAUCCGCUAGCGCAUGCCUGCGACUGUGCAAUGAGAAGUGCUUCUUCCUGACUGCUUCACUCCGUCCAUGCCUGGUCGAGCCAAUGGAUGUGAACGAUGACAAUGAUGGUCUGCCAGAGAAGACGAUGAACAAGAAGAUGCCCGAGUUUUGCCAGGAGCGUUCAAUUGGCCCGCGAUUUGCCGAUCACAAUUCGUUCGAGCAUGAGUACGGAUCGCGGUGGAAGCAAUUGCACGAUCUGUACAAGAGCAAGCAGGACGCACUGAAGCGGGAGCUUAAAAUGGAGGAGGACAAGCUGGAGGCUCAGAUGGAGUAUGCACGCUAUGAGCAAGAAACGGAACUCUUGCGGCAAGAGUUGAGGAAGCGCGAAGUUGACAACGAGCGCAAGAAAUUGGAAUGGGAGAUGCGCGAGAAGCAGGUUGAGGAUAUGCGGAAGCGCGAGGAGGAGACCAUGCGUAGGCAUCAAGGCGAGAUGCAGAACCAUAUGAUCCGGCAGGAGGAGGACAUGCGCCGGCGGCAGCAGGAGAACACGCUGUUUAUGCAGGCACAGCAGCUGAACUCACUGCUGGAUCAGCAUGAGGGCUUCGGUGGCGGCAGCGGCGGUGGUGGUGGUGGUAAUAACAGCUCCAACUUUGACAAUUUUGGUGGAAACAGCAAUUCACCAUUCGAAGUUUUUAGAGGCAAUAACAACAACAAUUCAACCAUGGUUGGAAACAGUUCUGGUCCCGGAGGUGGACCCAAUCAGCAGGACUCCUUCGCUUUUGAAUUUGGGGUUAACAAUAUGAACCAAGGCGGAAAUCAACGCGGAAAUAAUGGCGGAGGAAAUAACGCCCCAUGGGGACGUCGUCGUUUUUAGACACGCUCUGGAGAGCAUAUUAAACAAUACAAUAAUAAGGAUGACAAACAAAUAUAAAACGUAUGCUCCACUCACAGGCAAAAUGAUUACGUUAAUUUACACUUGACUUUGUUUUGCUCUGCGAAAGAUUAAAAAAAAACUAUUAAAAUCUCAAAAAAAAAAAAAGAGAGCCCACGUAUCGUAUAAUCCUAUGCAAUGCUGCACGAUCCCAAAAACCAAUAAAUCCAUAAAUAUACAUUGAUUAAGUAAAACAUGUAUCUCUCGACUGUCAAGCUUUUAUGAUGAAUCUUGACUCGGACAUCAGAAAUAAAAAAAAAAAAGAAGAGACAAGUGCAGUAAAUGCUGAGAAUAAAACUAAAUAAUGAAUAUUUCCCACUUGCGAGAAACCAGAAACAACAUCUACAUCUAUUUAAUCAUAACGAUACAUUUUUUAGAUAAAUCGUAGUGUUUAUUUUGAUCCAGUAAUAUGUUUUAUAUACUUUUUUUUCUUGUCUAUCAUGCAAAUGAAAUAUAUUAUGAUAAUAUAAAUACUUAA